GCCCAAACAUGAGGAGCUCUCUAGGCAGGGUUUCUUUGGUCGCAGGCUGCAGGGCUCAAAAAAUACAAGUAGGAGGUGUUAUGAACCAAAUAAUUUGCAAACGCCAAGGUUGCCAUUAAUAUUUCAUGCCGAGGAGCGCGUGGUGUUUUCCUCGCUGCUGUUUUCCUGGAUGCUGCACAGACCGGGCGAGCAGGCAGUAGGCGCUGUGUCCCGCACCACAUUAACCACAAGACAGACAGACAGACAGACAGACAGACAGACAGACGGUAAAGUGAAGUGUGACAACCUCAACGGAGCAGAUAACACAGGUAGAGCCGAGGAGGGACGUCCACUUGGGAGCGGUGAAGAAACCAAGCAGCCUGGAGAUGGAGCGGUGGAAAGGCAGAGUGGCCCUGGUGACCGGAGCCUCGGUCGGGAUUGGAGCGGCUGUAGCCCGGGCACUGGUCCAGCAAGGCAUGAGGGUUGUCGGCUGUGCCAGGAAUGUCGACAAGAUAGAGAAGCUGGCAGCAGAGUGUCAGAGCGCAGGCUACAGCGGCACACUGAUCCCUUAUAAAUGUGAUCUGUCCAACGAGGAGGAGAUCCUGUCCAUGUUCUCGGCCAUCAAGACGCUGCACCAGGGGGUGGACGUGUGCAUCAACAACGCCGGACUGGCCCACAAUGAGCCCCUGCUCAGUGGCAAGACAGAAGGCUGGAGGAACAUGAUUGAUGUGAAUGUCUUAGCCUUGGCUAUCUGCACCCGUGAGGCCUACAAAUCAAUGAAGGAGAGGAAUGUGGAUGAUGGUCAGAUCAUCAAUAUUAACAGCAUGGGUGGGCACAGGAUGGUACCAAGUGCUGAUGAGCACUUCUACUGUGCCACUAAAUAUGCUGUGACUGCACUGACUGAGGGGCUGAGGCAAGAACUGCGAGAGGCAAAUACCCACAUCAGAGCCACAUGUAUAUCCCCUGGAAUAGUAGAGACUGAGUUUGCUUUCCGGCACCACAACAGUGAUCCAGAGAAAGCGGCUGCAGUGUAUGAGAGUAUAAAAUGUCUGAAAGCAGAAGACAUAGCCAGCGCAGUCACAUAUGUGCUUAGUGCCCCUCCCCAUGUCCAGAUCGGAGAUGUGCAGAUGAGGCCGGUGGAGCAGGUGUCAUAGCAGUGAGGGUGGAAGCUGCAGGAGGAGCAGAGACAGUAGCCACAGUGACUCCUCGGCGACCUCUGCUGGGCUAGGGAAAACAACUCAACUACAGUUCUGCUGCAUCUGGAUGGAAAAGGACAGCUUUGAGAGGCUGUGCGGGGAAUUGGUCACAAAGUGCGUGGACGUUGUCAACCACUACCAAAACACUACUGAAUGCAGCAUCCCGGUCUCUGGUGUACUGUUCAGCCUUGUCAAGAACUAAGCCGACUGCAAACUACGGUGGGAGUAAAGGAGGAGAAUGUCGCUCCUGUGCUAUGUGGUCAUCUGCAUGACCAUCACUUCAGAGGGAAGAGUAUGCCAUUGAUUGCACAUGAUGUUUUAUUUUUUGUUUUGUUCUGUUUUGUUUGUUUGUUUGUUUUGUUUUUGUAGGUCAUAUUACAUAUCUUUUCAGAAUUAAAUGAAAAGAAUAAUUGCUGUUUUUAAGAGAAUAAUAAUUAUUGUUUAAUUUUUUUUAAUAAAUAUUUUAACUUCUGAUUAUAGAUUAAUGUGGUCUCACACAGCAACCAUAACCAUAGACAACACCAUGUCCUACUCACCUUGUCACCCACAUUCUGUCCACUCUGCCAUCCGUACUUAGGUUUUAACAAAUGAAUUCGGCUAGCCUGGUUUGGAUGCAUUCCACUUUUUCUAAUCUGUUUAAACAUUCAGCAAAAGUACACAAGGGGCGGUCCCUUUCUUCUCAAUCAAAUUUAUUUCUACAGUCCACUAAUUUGCCUGUGCAAUUUCAGUUGUUUCAUACUUUGGAUUCAUCUGUAAGGGAUAUAAGAAGGAAACACUGGCAACUUGUUUAGGGGAAUUAACUAACUCAGUGCACAUGUAUACCCUGCAAGUGUGUACUUUAAAGUAGCAAUUUUGCAAUAAAUAAAUAAACAUUAUUGCCCAGA